AUGCGCGGACAGGAGACGCAGCUCUGGAGCCCAGGCCAGAGCUUCGCCUCCGAACCGCGCAAAUUCACCUUCGACCACUGCUUCUGGUCACACGACGGCUGCCUCCGGCUGGACGACGGCUACUGUGCACCCGACCCCGAGCACGAGCACGGAGCCCUCUACGCCGACCAGGAACGCGUAUACAAAGACCUGGGCCGAGAAGUGGUGCGCAGCGCCUGGAAAGGAUACAACGCCGCUCUUUUAGCCUACGGCCAGUCUGGCUCAGGGAAGUCGUACUCCAUGGUGGGCUACGGAGCAAACACAGGAAUGGUACCACGGCUGUGCGAGGAUCUCUUUCAGGAACUGGAGAAGAAGCGAAGCGUCGGUAAACAUAUGGAAUUUGAGGUGGAACUGAGCAUGAUGGAAAUAUAUAACGAGACUGUUUUUGACUUGCUGGUAGCAAGCAAAGGACAGCGAAAGGGGCUCAAGGUUCGGGAACAUCCUAAGAAGGGCUUCUUUGCCGAAGGUCUUACAAAGUGCCUAGUGACCAACUUCCGUGAUGUUCUGUCACGAAUAGAAGAAGGAACGACAAAUCGAAGCAUAGCAGCCACCAACACCAACGCAACCAGCAGCCGUGCUCAUACGCUAGUAACUCUGACGCUCAUGCAAAGGACAAAAAGGCCUCCUGGUCCAGAAACCACGAAGACCUCCAUAGUUCAUCUCGUAGAUUUAGCAGGAAGUGAGCGCCAGUCCGCAGCAAAAACGUCUGGUGACCGCCUCCGCGAAGGCAUCGCUAUCAACCAAUCACUCUCCUGCUUGGGAAACUGUGUCCACGCUCUCGCCGAGAAAGCAAAGGGAACAAACGUCAAAGUGCCUUACAGAGAAUCGACGCUCACUCGCUUGCUUAUGACGGCGCUGGGUGGGAACAGCAAAACAAUCAUGCUAGCCACUAUCAGUCCUUCGGAUGUGAACUACGAAGAAACUCUCUCGACACUGCGUUAUGCGGAGCGCACGAAGGAGAUAAAGAACCUAGUGCGCGUAAACGAGGAUCCCACAGACAAAUUGAUUCGGGAGCUGCGGCAGGAAAACGAAGCCCUGAAGAAAAAACUCACGAAAGGAAAUGUCGACAACGUUCUCAGCGCCGGUCUCACCGACGAGGAAUUGAACCAAAUGAAACGGAAAUGGGAGGAGGACAUGCAAGCCAUCAUCAAGGAGAACGAGGCACAGAUGCUCAUCAUGAAGCAGUCAUACGAAGAGAAACUCAAGGGCUCUGCAAGAAAAGAAGACACAGAUAAGCUGAUAACGGAGGAAGAGAAGAAAGCACUGCCGCACCUCAGCAAUUUGAACCUGGACCCACUUCUUUCGGGACGUAUCGUGCACAUUCUUCAGAAAGGAAAAUCGACUGUGGGCAAAGCUGACGCAGAUAUCAUCAUGCUGGGUGUAGGGAUUCAAGACAAACAUGCCAUUAUUCAGAGGAGAGAUACUGAAGUUACCGUGGAGAAGGGAUGUCCCGAGGCAAAAGUUCUCGUGAACGGCUCACCUGUAACGUCUCCAGUGACACUUCGUCACAAUGACAGGAUAGUCUUCGGCCAAACUCAGCUGUUCCUCUUCGUCAACCCGAGACAGCAUGACAGGCACGACUUGACGAAGUUUCCAGAUGUCACUUACGAAAUGGCUCAGGAAGAAAUCGCUCUCAGGGCGGGCAUAAAGCUGCAAGAUGACGACUCAAUAGAAACGGCGUUACUGAAUCGAGAUAUGAUAGAAGUUUUGCCCAAAAUUGACGAAGCCAAUGCAAUGAGCGCAGAACUUGACAGGGGCGUCCAUUUUGACAUCUUGCUUGUAUCGCCCCAGCUACUGGGAAGGCAGCUUGGUCGCACAGAGGUAUACGUAAAGGCUAGAUAUCUGAAAGCUGAACACGAAUUUGAUUGGACAAAAGAGAAAUUUCUGAGCCGUGUAUUUGCCAUGAAAGAAAUGUACAGCAAGUACGAGAACGGCGAGGAGUGGGAAGUUGAUGAGGAACGAGACCCUUUUUUAGAGGAUCCCAACACGGAAGUCAGGAUAGGGACUGUGCAAGUGUACUUACAGCCACUUGCCUACAUGGUCGAUCUGAGAGAACAACUGGAGAUCCUAAACUUCAAAGGAGAAGAAGUUGGAAUUCUCAACGUUGAGAUGAAACCAUGCUCAGAAUCUGGCCGAGAAUACACUGAAAAAGACAUCGUCUUCCUGGACAGCCCAGGAGAACUGGUUGGCCGAGAUCUGAACUUUGUUGUUCGCAUCCUAAACUGCCGUUCAUUACCGAAACGGUUUACAGAUGUAAGGUGUAAAUAUCGUAUGUUCAAAGACGAAGAGGACACAGCAACGGAGGCGGUUUCCGGAACUUCUGACCCAGAUUUCAACCACACGAAAACCUUCUCCUACCGGCCCGCUACUGUGGAGCUGGUGGAGUACCUGUCGGAUUCGUACGUGGCCAUUUCAGUCUGGGGAAUCCAGGUGACACCGAUACCAGCUGAAGGCAUCCGUCCCAAAGGAAGAGCGCUCAAGAAGAACUUUCAGGAGAACCUCAUCAACCAGACCAACGCGCUUAUGAAUGGGUUCCGCAUCAACGGCAGGAAUGUCGAUCCUAACAAGCAAAGCAUCAUCGUUGAGUUACUGCUCAUGAAGAAGCAACAGGCCCGACAAAACCAAAAACUGGAAAACCUGAGGCGAUUGGUUGAGUCAGCGGAAUCGCAGCACCAGAGACGAGUUCCCGUCAGUGUUGUGAAGGACCUACUUCUGGUGUCUUCGGCAGAGGCGGCUGAACAGCUGCUGUCUAAGCUCGAAGGUCGGCAGUUUACCCUGGUCACCGACCAUCAAUCCCUGCUCGGGCUACUGAGGCCUGAUCGCCAGACACCGACGAUGGCGGCAGCUCGUAUUCAAUGGUGGGCACUGUUCCUGGGCGGCUACCAGUACAAGCUGCAGUACGUGCAUGGGAAGCAACUGCUGACAGCAGAUGCCCUCAGCAGACUUCCAGUAGAGGCGACUGGGCUAGCGUUGGAUGGCGACCCACCCGACACAGCAAGAGUAGAGCUGGCCCUCCGCAGGCCCUGGGCGCUGCCUGUUCAAACGUUCAUGAAUGCUGCCUACUCUGGUGCUCAGUGCCCAGUUCCAUAG